GCGAUGCUGAGCCGGCUUCAGGAGCUGCGCAAGGAAGAGGAGACGCUGCUCCGGUUGAAGGCGGCACUGCACGACCAGCUGAACCGGCUAAAGGUCUACGUUGAGGCCCAGCAGUCUGCACGUUUGCCGAGUUCACUCCCAUACCCGACACCCGAGAAAUGCACCUGCCUCCCACGCCAUAAGCUGAGGAAAUGCGAGCUCCGUCGAAGAACUGGCCCUCCAAUCAAUGAUUAGUUCCAGAAGAGGGGAUGAAACGCUGUCUUCUCAGCCUGCACCUGAACAGUCACAUGAUAUGCUGGUGCAUGUAGACAAUGAAGCAUCAAUCAACCAAACUACCCUGGAGUUGAGCACAAGGAGCCAUGUGCCAGAAGAGGAGGAGGAGGAGGAGGAGGAAGAAUCAGAUUCCUGAAGGGGGAAAACAGCCAGGGUUAGUUACACAAAUUUCUAAGUGUCAGGAACUUGCUCUCUUCAAAGAAUUCUUGCCAUGGGCCUUAUGGCCUACUUUAAAAGGAAGCAAGAACUUGAGGAGGAUGUGUACUUGUAAAAAUGGUUCCAACAAUAAUUCAAGUUUCAUAAUGCUGUAACAAGAAUCAGUGACAUAGAAAAGCAAAGAUGCAGUGUCUGAGCAUUGAGCAAUAUGGGUGGUGCUGUGUCUGUAUUCUGGUCAGAGGCAGUAAUUGUGUUCCAAACAGAAAAUUUCCUCUGAAAUGCUAUUGAGAAAGUCUGGCAUUUGCAAAAAGGGCAGAGUGUAAAUACAAGUCAGCCUUUCCAAUCAACAAUGCCUCUUUUAAGAAAACCAAUUAAAGGCUGUUUGCAUACCAUUGAACCCUUGUAAGCAGAGCCACAGUCUAGGAGAGAAAGAUGAUGCGGACAGAGAACCACUUGAGAGCACCAGCUGUUGCCACCUCUCAGUGACAUCACGACACACUGCCCACUAUAGACUGCUUUGUGUGGCUGUCAUCACAUCUAGGUUGAGACAUCACUAUGGUUAAAAUGUGCUUAGAAAUAAAUUCGAUAAAUCGCCUUUAUGCAGUUUGCUGGUUUCCAGAUAGCAACAGGGAAAUGAGUCAGUUCCUCCUCUGGGGAAAACAGUACAGCAGGAUGGUUGAAAACCCAUUUCUGGACUUAGAAAAUGUGCCUUUAAAGAAGGAAUAACUAUGGUUGGGAAACUGGAUUUUUAUAAUAAAGAGAUGACAGUUACAGAAUAAAACUUGGUAUUUGAAGGUGA